AUGGAGGAGGACAAUGAUAAUGACUACUCUCCUUGCGAUAAUUAUAUUCGUUACGUAGAGAAUUGUACUCCUGAGGUGUUGGCUAUGAUUAAACGAUGUGAAUUUCUCCAAAACGUUGUCGACCAAGACGAGUUGAAGUACGAGCAAACAUGUUGGAGAGCCUUUGUUAAGUACAUUGAAGACACUCAAAAGAUCAUCGAAUCGGUUAAAUCGAAGAUAGCAAAGUUACAAGGGUUUUGGUACACCGUUCUGUUCCACUCGAGGUUUUUCGACUUUUAUGCGACAAGCCCAAAGGAUGUGAAGAUUUUGAUGUAUUUAAAGGACGUCAGGUGUCAUUCUUUUAAUAGUCAAAUUGUCCCGUACCCUGGAUCGAUAUCAAAAAAGACACUUAGGAUGUCUUACACCGUAACAUUUGUAUUUAACCCUAAUCCAUACUUGUUACACACCACACUUACAAAGAAAGUCACUUUCACACCACGACACCUGAACGAGACACCAAUCAUUAUUAACUCUGGCGCACACUUUGUGGAAGGGAAAGACCCACACAGAAUUAAUGGAGUUGCCGUCGGAUCAUUUUUCGAUUACUUUAUGCCAUACGAACUCACCGACGACAUGACGGACGAAGAAAUGGAUUCAAUAGAAAAGGACUUCACAGUGACGGAAACACUUGUUCAUAACAUCCUUGGGAAUUGCAUCGACUGUUUCCAGAAACAAAGCAAUUUCCAAUUUGACUGA